AUGUCGAUCAAACAUUUCCUUGGCAGCAUACUUAAUCUCAGCCGCAAAGGUGAGGAUUCUUCAUCUCCAUCGCAACAUAUUGAACACAAAAUACCUGGAUGGCAGCCUUCAUACCUUCGGCGACGAGUGUUGAUCGUGUUCGUGAUGACAUUCUGUGGAGUUAUAGCUACCCUCGAAGCACUCAACCAUGUCUCCCAAGUUCACGACAGAAUUAACUCUUCAGUCGAAAUCUACCGCUAUCUCUGGACCUACGGACCCACUGCCAUGUUCACUGUGAUCGCUACCUUCUGGUCGCGUGUUGAAUUUCAAGUGAAGCAAAGAGCGCCAUGGAAGUCGACGGCUGAGAGGUCUGGAGAGGCCAGGGAAUUCAUACUCUUGGACUAUGUAUCUGAGACACAGCUGUCAUCUUUGGUCAAAUCCAUAAGAAACAAGCACUUUGACGUGGCGGCUGGAGUUACCUGCUCUAUGCUUCUGCGUCUCUUGGUCAUUUUCUCGACCAGUCUGUUUUCAGUUCAAACGGUUCAAGCGCAUCAAUCAUCGAAUCCAAUUCAACCUUCAGCCAUCGGACAUACUAUGGCCAAGCAACAUCGAAUUGUCAUGACACAGCUCUCCUUCCGUGUGCUGGAGGUUUGUCUGAUACUAGCGAUCUCGCUAUCUGUUUUCAUGAUCUAUCUGGGACCACACACGACUAUUGCACCUUGGAAUCCGAAUCCCCUUUCAUCUAUUGCUGCGAUCAUGACAAGGAGCAACGAGAUUUGUCAAUCACUUCGUGGGACUGGUGCGACUCCAGUGGAUGUGCUUCAUGACAGGCUGAAAGAGCGGCGGUACUAUUCGCAACUUACUCCCAAGGGCUUUUUGAUCAAUACAGAGGGAGUGGAUCACAGAAACCCCGACGAACAAGAACACCAUACAUCCUUCUGGGCACCAUAUCCUGGUCUCAUUGCUCGCGGUGGCAUUUUCAUUGCAAUCAUAUCACUUAUUGCGGCAUUGGGGAUUGUAUUGCAUGUCUCGCAAAAGAACGAUGGAUUGGGAACUGUGUCUUCUAAUGAAAACCACCAUUAUCUAUGGACGAUAAUUCCAUCCGUGGUCAUGGCCAGCAUUGGUCUCUUGUUCGGGAGGAUGGACUUCAACACCCGAAGCCUAGCACCAUACGCACAGUUGCAACGACCUGCCGGCGCGCUGUUCGAGGAAUGCAUGACAGUGGACUAUCUAGAUUCACUCGCUAUCACCAGCAUGAUCCGUUCAAUCCGCACAAGACAGUUUGCUGUUCUAGCUAGUACAUUAGCUACCUUGAUCACCUCGUUCCUGGUCAUCGUCGCAAGCGGACUGUACUCUCCAAUCGAAGACUUGCACCAAACCAGUAUAAAUUUCACCCAAGAAACGACUUUUUACACGGAUAAUUUAGCGGACGCUAAAUUUUUUGAUCGCAUCCAAAGGUCCAGCAUGCUCGUUACCAACCGCAUUCUUCACAAAAAUCAGGCAUUUCCCCGCUGGACCUAUGAUGAGCUUGCAUUCCCCGAGCUUUCCAUGGAUACACUCUUGUCCAGCAAUGAGACAGAUAAUUUAUUUGUAGACAUUCGAAUGCCUGCCCUGAGAGCCGCUCCCGCCUGUUAUUUCCAAACGGGCAGCCAACUGCAGUGGAAUUUCACGAAUAUCGAUUAUGGCAAUGAGUCGACCUACCAACUCGGCGUUCUUGCGCCUAGCAUGCCCUGCUCUUUAGCAGACCAAGACAUGGGAUCAACUACCCCGACGCCUUCACUGGCUGUUCUCAACUCCCAAGGCCUUUUCGGGCAAUCAAGUAUGCUCCCAUGCGGCAACGGCUACAAUGCCAAACCCGCAACCUUGUAUCUCUGGGGAAAUAUCCAAACCGAGUCCGUGACGAGCAUAAGUGCGAUGACUUGUAUUGAAGCCGCCGAAACAGUCGACACCGUGACACGAUUUCAAUUGCCUGGCUUUAACAUCACCGAUGACAAUCCCCCAGUCCCUGACGAGUCAUCUGUGAGAUCAGCCCCGGGCAUUGAUAGCCCGUGGAUCAGUUGGAAUAAUUUCAAUACCACAGAUGCUAUAGCGCAGAACUCAAAACUGGAUGGGUUCUUCACGGCGUUGACCAUGGGCAAAUAUGCGAUCCCAGCAGAAAAUCUGAUUGAUUCAAACUCCAGCGAUAUGGUCAUCAAGGCAAUUCAGCACCAGGAGAGAGUCCUCAAAGCACAAGUAUUCCACAAUUACUCCCGCAGAGCGGCAGGCAACACGCCAAACCGUGCCCCUAUAUUCGGGAACAUGACGGCAUCGAACCGACUGCGCCUAUCACAAGAUGCAGCUUCAACGUAUGUCCUCGAGGCACUUCUCGCUUCUAUCCUCGUGCUGGGUAUAACCAGUUCCUUUCUCAUGAACACGGAUCGCGUCUUGCCAAAGAACCCCUCCAGCAUCGCCGCCGUUGCGAGUCUUCUUGCUGACUCGAAUAUCCUCGCUCAAUACGAGAAGGUCACAGGUGAUCCGAAUGAACAGUCCCUUGGUCGGGCUUUCUUUUCCCGGUGUCGCUUCUUUCUUGGAUUCCAGGGUGACAUAUCUGAUCAGGCGGAUCCUUGGCUAUUUUCAGAGCACCAGGGUUGCGAGAAGUACUGUGUAUAUUUUUCAGAGCGGGAUGAUGAGACGUUGUUGGGUAAUGGGUCAAUGUGGAUGAGGAAGGGAUUCUGGGCAAAAGAAACAAGGGUUGAAGAGCAGUCAGUAUGA